AGGAGAUGACCCUCCGCUGGUUGUCCACCCAACUUUGGAGACACCGUGUGAUGGGUCUCCUGAUGGCUUUGUGUGUCACCUUGUUACUCAUGCUCCUGGCUACUCAGUCAUUGCAGCAUCCAAGAAACACUACAUAUAUUUGCAUGUCUGUUGAAAUCCUCUCUCUUUCCUAUGUCGAAAGCCACUAUGGUGGGCACAAGGGCCAUAAUGUGGAGGAGAAGGGAGCACUUUCCGACAAUGCUCCUCCAAACACCCCCGUCCCAUCCCACACUGCCCCUAACAGCAAGAAGGAGGUUCAGACACCCAAUCUGCAGCAUCAAAGAGAUCACAAUGGGUACACCUUUAGGAGGACAAGGAGGAGCCCUCCACCUGUAGCUUUCCUCAAAACACACAAGACUGGAAGCAGCACUGUCCAGAAUCUGAUGUUCCGCCUUGGGGAGAAGGAGAACCUCACAUUCGCCUUCCCCUAUUACGCAUACCAGUUCAGCUACCCAGAUAGGUUCCGAGCAGACUUUGUAGAUGAGCUGCCACCUGGUUCCUCUCAGUUCGACAUGCUCUGCAGCCACAUGCGGCUGGACCUGGGACAGCUGAAACAGGUGAUGCCCAAGAACACUAUCUACAUCACCCUGCUGCGUGAUCCUCUACAGACCUUUGAGUCCGUUUUCAGCUACUACACUUCCACUGUACCUGCCUUCACUCUAGCCAAAAAGGCAGCUGACACAGCUAACAGGAAGUCAGCCCUCUCAGUCUUCCUGGAGGCCCCAGAGUCCUACUGGGACCCUACAGAACCUGGGAAUGGCCUAGCCAGAAACCCUAUGAGCUUUGACCUGGGCCUCAGCAGCCAAGAGUGGAACGCAUCCUGGCCCAUGGAGCUGACUCAGCUGGAGGAGGCCUUCCAGCUGGUAAUGAUCGCUGAGCACUUUGAUGAGUCUCUGGUUCUCCUGGGGGCUCUGCUGCAGCUGGAGCCUGAGGAGCUGGCCUAUGUGCACCUGAAUGUCCGCGCCCCCUCGGACAUCACCCCGAUAGAGGAGGACACCAAGGCCAGGCUCUGGGCCUGGAACAGUCUGGAUGUGCUACUCUACAACUUAUUUCUGCAGGUUUUCUGGGAGAAAGCUGAGCAGUAUGGCCUGGGGAGACUGAAAAGGGAGGUGACCCUACUGAGGGCCUCCACACAGAGGCUCAGACAGAAGUGUGUGGCCAGAGGAGGAGUGCCCCCUGGUGAGCUGGAGGACCUGGUCAGGCCCUGGCAGACCGACACAGUCACCAUCCUGGGAUACAAGGUACGAGGGAACCUGACUCUGCAGGAAGAGGGGCUCUGUGUGCGACUAGUGCUGCCUGAGCUACAGUACCACUCUCACUUGUAUUUCCAGCAGUAUGGCCAUGACAUGAGGUCCAUACCUACAGACUAAUGUGCAGCACUUUCCCUUUUAGAUACUACACUGUUCAGAAUUUCUGCUUUUGAUGCAUUUUUCC